AAUUUGGAUAGAGCUGCAUGUACGUAUAUUGAAACAUCAAUGGUCGGCGGACAUAUCAGAUAGGUCGCCAUUUUGUUAGCUGUUUCUAUUCAGCAAAAAUUCUUAGAAUUUUCACGUGUUUGAGUUUGUUUAAAGGUUAUAUGUGUUAGUAAAAAUAAUGUCUAAGAGAAGAAUUGAAGUUUUAGACCCUUUCAUUAAGAGGAAAAGGGAAGAAAAGGCUGCAGCAGCGGCUAAAGCUGGCACCACCAGUGAAUCAUCGGAUUCAACAAGCACUAUGGCAGUACCGCAAGCUACCACCAGCACUCCUGGAAUUAACCCAUAUACAGGUCUGCCACAUUCUCAACGGUACCACGAAUUGCUUCGCCGUAGACUCGGUCUCCCGGUCUGGGAGUAUAAAAACGAUUUCAUGAGAUUGUUGAAUACGCAUCAGUGCGUAGUAUUGGUCGGAGAGACUGGUUCAGGGAAGACAACUCAAAUACCACAAUGGUCAGUGGAAUUUGCAGCGGUUACUGCGGGCAAGUCGACUGGAGUGGCUUGUACCCAGCCGAGGAGAGUAGCAGCUAUGUCAGUAGCUCAGAGAGUUGCUGAAGAGAUGGAUGUCGCUUUGGGUCAACAAGUCGGUUAUAGUAUCCGUUUUGAAGAUUGUUCCGGACCUCAGACUGUGUUGAAGUAUAUGACAGAUGGUAUGUUGCUCAGAGAAGCGAUGUCGGAUCCAAUGCUUGAGCAGUACAGGGUUAUAUUACUUGAUGAAGCCCAUGAAAGGACUUUAGCAACGGAUAUACUUAUGGGUGUGUUGAAAGAAGUGAUCAAACAAAGAUCGGAUUUGAAGUUAGUUAUUAUGUCUGCGACUUUAGAUGCCGGAAAGUUUCAGCAGUAUUUCGAUAAUGCACCGUUAAUGAAUGUGCCAGGUCGUACACAUCCCGUGGAGAUAUUUUACACUCCUCAACCUGAAAGGGACUAUUUAGAAGCUGCUAUACGAACUGUUAUUCAAAUACAUUUAUGUGAGGAGAUAGUCGGUGAUAUUCUGCUGUUCUUAACCGGUCAAGAAGAGAUAGAAGAUGCAUGUAAACGGAUAAAACGGGAGAUUGAUAAUUUAGGACCGGAUGCUGGUGAAUUGAAGUGCAUUCCAUUGUAUUCUACGUUGCCACCUAAUUUGCAGCAAAGGAUAUUCGAACCUGCCCCACCUAAUCGUCCUAAUGGUGCGAUAGGACGUAAAGUGGUAGUUUCAACUAAUAUAGCGGAAACUUCUUUAACAAUAGAUGGUGUAGUGUUUGUGAUAGAUCCAGGAUUUGCUAAACAGAAGGUAUACAAUCCUCGUAUACGAGUGGAAUCUUUGCUGGUGUCUCCGAUCAGUAAGGCAUCAGCUCAACAAAGGGCUGGUAGAGCUGGACGUACGAGACCAGGGAAAUGCUUCAGGCUGUACACGGAGAAGGCUUACAAGAAUGAAAUGCAGGAUAAUACAUAUCCUGAGAUUUUGAGAUCAAACUUAGGAUCUGUAGUUUUGCAGCUGAAGAAGCUGGGUAUCGACGAUCUGGUGCACUUUGACUUCAUGGACCCACCAGCUCCGGAGACGCUCAUGAGAGCACUCGAACUGUUGAACUAUCUAGCUGCACUCGACGACGAUGGUAACCUUACGGACCUGGGCGCGGUGAUGGCGGAGUUUCCUCUGGACCCUCAACUCGCGAAGAUGCUGAUCGCCAGCUGCAACCACAACUGCUCCAACGAGAUCCUUUCCAUCACAGCCAUGCUGUCCGUGCCUCAAUGUUUUGUGCGACCGAAUGAGGCUCGUAAAGCGGCUGACGAGGCUAAAAUGCGCUUUGCACAUAUCGACGGUGACCAUCUUACCUUACUCAACGUCUACCACGCUUUCAAGCAGAAUAUGGAGGAUCCCCACUGGUGUUAUGACAAUUUCAUCAACUACCGCUCCCUCAAAUCUGGAGAUAACGUCCGUCAGCAACUCAGCAGGAUUAUGGACAGAUUCAAUUUGAAGAGAACAAGCACGGAAUUUACAAGCAAAGAUUAUUAUAUUAAUAUAAGGAAAGCUCUCGUAAAUGGAUUCUUUAUGCAGGUAGCACAUUUGGAGCGUACGGGACAUUAUUUGACAGUAAAAGACAACCAAGUUGUCCAACUCCAUCCAUCCACAUGCCUCGAUCACAAACCCGACUGGGUUAUAUACAAUGAGUUUGUGCUCACAACGAAGAAUUAUAUACGCACCGUAACUGAUAUUAAACCGGAAUGGUUAUUAAAAAUAGCCCCACAGUACUACGAGUUGAACAACUUCCCUCAAUGUGAGGCUCGCCGGCAGCUGGAGCUGCUGCAGGCCAGGCUCGACUCCAAGGCGUACCAGGAAGGCUUCUAGAUCGUGUAAAUCUAGACAUGGACUUGAAGUGCUAAAGUGAAAGUGAACUUGUGUGUGAAAUGUCAGUGUUAGAAAUAACCGAGGUAGGAAAUCGUAGAUUUUAUUAUGCAAAUAUUAAUAAAUGAUGACUUUUAAAACUCAAUAUUGAGGAUAAA